AUGGUCGAUCUAGGAUCCGCCGAGCGACCUUUUCAAGGUGUGGUCCUGUGCUUUACCUCGAUCGGACCGGACGAACGGACUCGAUAUGCAGACUUGGCAAGUCAAAUGGGUGCUGAACACAAACUUGACCUGACCUCCGAUACAACACAUCUCAUUGUCGGUGAUACGGAUACGGCAAAGUACAAGUACGUCGCAAGGGAAAGAGAAGACAUCAAAGUUCUAAGACCACAAUGGAUUGAGGCUGUUCGAGAGUUAUGGAUCAAAGAUUUACCGCUCGAUCUCGACGCUUUAGCAACCGAGUACCGAAUGCCAACUAUGAGCGGCUUGAAAAUCUGCAUUACCGGCUUCGACGACCUCUCCUUCCGCGCUCAGCUCCAACAGAAUGUGAUUGAAAAUGGUGGAGAGUAUACAGGCGACCUGACCAAAGAUGUGACGCACUUGAUUGCAGCAAAGCCAGAAGGCAAAAAGUACGAAUAUGCUCUGUCGUGGCAGAAGAAGGUGGUGAGCCUUAAAUGGUACAAAGAUACGCUGGACCGCGGUAUGCAACUUGAUGAGACAUUAUAUCACCCAAGUAUGCCCGCGGCAGAACAAGGAGUCGGCGCCUGGAAGCGACGACCUCAACUAUCCCCUCGAUCGUCCAAGCGAACUCGGGAAGAGACUAGUGCACCCGAACCGUCUCGAAAGCUUCGACGGACUGCUAGUGCCAGACUCGGAAGCCAGACUCAGCAUAUGUGGACUGAUAUCGUGGGAGGUGCUGGCUUCGAAGCAGACCCAGCGGACCGUCCUCGACUGAAACCAUCCGUUUCCAUGCCGGCGUUGAGGCAGAACGAGGGUCCGGCCCAUCAACAUGCAGACAUGCCCUCAGAUAUCGCAGCGGAAAGAUUUCAGGCAUCCUCUGGGUUCCUCACCGGCCGACAGUUCAUCUUCAGAGGCUUUGAGGAAAGAAAGCAUGCUAUCAUCAGCAAAAUUGUGCUUGAUGAAGGGGGAAUGAUUAUCGAUGCCGAAAAUGUGGACGCCUACGAACGUGAUGAGACACUAUUGAUUCUGCCUCACGAUGUAAGAAGGAAGAGGCGCACAGCAGAUUUAGAUCUGUUUGUCCCCGGUUUGCAAACUGUGUCUGAGCUCUGGUUGGAACGGUGUAUGUUGGACAAGAUCUUCAUUCCACCAACGAGGUACCCGCUUGGGUGUAUCCCUGGGCCGUCGUCCACCGUGCUUUCCUCGACCACAAUCAACGUAUCAGGCUUUUCAGGGUUAGAAACCCUACACGUCUCCAAAAUUGUUGCUACACUUGGUGGCAGUUAUGCCGAGACCUUCGCAGCAGGGGUAUCUGUCCUUGUGAUACGGAGCGGUAGUCACAACACGCAGAAACUUGGUAGUGCUCAAGAAUGGGGAAUCCCAGUGGUGUCUGAAAACUGGUUGUGGUCGACAAUCAAGAAUGGGGAAAGGGCAGAGUUCAAAGGCUACCUCGUUCAGUCAGUCCGGGCGGAAAAGUCGCAAAGGGAGGAGAAACGGCAAUCCAAAGCUCGCGGAGAGUACGUGGAGGUAAGCACGAUACCUUUACAGCCUGAGGAGAGGAAACGUCGUGAGGGUUCAAGAAACAAAUCGCAUCAUGCCAGCAAGGAACUAGUCAAAACAACACGAAAUGGAACGAAACCUCGAGAUGUAUCCGUUGCAAUCCAUCAAGAUCCUCCGGAUGUCAAAUCCGCCGCACAAGAAGAACUAUUGCCCACAAAGGAUAUCAGUAGAGAUGAAUCUAACCACGGUGAGACACGAGGAGCCUCAUUCGGAGAAGAGGAUCUCCCGCUUCAAGAAUUAUCGUCGAAUUCUUCUGGCAAUAAAUCUGGUGCUGUGGAAGCCACGUGGACAUCGUUGACUGCAGAGGCUGGGGAGUCAAGCACAGAAAAUAAAUCGAAGACCGACAAGAACUCAAACCUGACAAAACCAGAUGAAAAGGCGAGCAGUAUACUAGCCCUGAACGGCGCUAUACGCGACAUCCUUGAUCAGGGAAUCCGCCGGAAGCCCGUUGCCGAAAGCGAGAAGCCCGUGAAGAAUAACAGGCUCUUCGGACGAGCACUCAGCAACUUGUCCAACGCCUCGGUGUCGUCCAACCCACGGCAAUCGCGUGCCAGCUCAAUUGACAGCAUGAACACGGACGGGAUGGGGAGCGAGAUUGUCCCGAUGCCGCCCGAGCGGCCUGCAGGAGUGACUGGCUCGUCCAACGAGAGGGAAACAACAACCUUCGGUUUCACCGGGCGUGCGAAAACAACAAUGACAAUGACAACUGCGGCGGGCGUGACUCCACUCUCGCUUGGUAUGGACGACCUCGACCAACCGCUUGACAAGGCUCAUUACAUGGAGGAAGAAACGCCUCGAUUGACACAGCUUGGCUAUGAGGACCCCGAGGAGGCAAUCAUGCUUCGAGAGAAACUGGCCGCUUCACGCCGCAGGAAAUCCAAACUCGGACAGAACGAGGGCGACCCGCAACCUGCCGUCGCCACAAAGGCCAAGCCUGAGAAGAGAAAGAUCCGAGACGACGAUAUCAUAAGCAGCGCCAGUUGGGGAGCAGGCAGGCGGACAAGAUAUAAACAGAAAAGUCCUCCUGACCAGGGCAUCAAACAGAUUCUGAACUAG